AUGAUUGGUGAAAAUGACCAUAUGGUUUUUAAUUGGGCAAAAGUUAUCAAAUGCACCUUUCAUUAUCUAUCCAUCCAUCAUGUCAACUUCUAUACAUCAGUCUGUCUGUUUUUUUUUGUCUCUGUCUGUCCUUGCGUCUGUCUGUUUUUCGUCUCUGCCUCUCUUUGCGUCCGUCUGUUUUCUGUCUCUGUCUUUGCGUCUGUCCGUUUUUCGUCUCUGUCUGUUUUUGCGUCUGUCCGUUGUUGUUUCUGUCUGUCUUUGCGUCCGUCCGUCCGUCUUUCGUCUCUGUCUGUCUUUGCGUCUGUCCGUCUUUCGUCUCUGUCUGUCUUUGCGUCUGUCCGUUUUUCGUCUCUGUCUGUCUUUGCGUCUGUCCGUUUUUCGUCUCUGUCUGUCUUUGCGUCUGUCCGUUUUUCGUCUCUGUCUGUCUUUGCGUCUGUCCGUUUUUCGUCUCUGUCUGUCUUUGCGUCCGUCCGUCUUUCGUCUCUGUCUGUCUUUGCGUCUGUCCGUUUUUCGUCUGUGUCUUUGUGUCCAUCCGUUUUUCGUCUCUGUCUGUCUUUGCGUCCGUCCGUUUUUCGUCUCUGUCUGUCUUUGCGUCUGUCCGUUUUUCGUCUCUGUCUGUCUUUGCGUCCGUCCGUUUUUCGUCUCUGUCUGUCUUUGCGUCCGUCUGUUUUUCUUUGUCUCUCUGUAUGGCCAUCUUUGUGUCACUGCCUUUGCGUCUGUCGGUUUUUAUCUCUGUCUUUGGGUGUCUGUCUUUGCGUCUGUCUGUCUUUAAUUGUUUAUCUGUAUUUGCGUCUCUAUCUACUUUCUCUGUUUUUCUCUCUCUCUCUUUCUACUCAACUGUCUUCACCACUUUUCGUUGUCAGUCUGUCUUUAUGA